AUGAAUUCCUUGUGUUGGAACUGCCAGGGAAUUGGGAACCCCCGAACAGUUUUUGCGCUCCGCGACUAUAUGCGGCGUUGGAAUCCCAGAAUAGUUUUCCUCUCGGAAACUAAAUCAAAGAACAGACGUAUGGAAAAAGUAAAAUUCAAUCUUGAUUUCACAAACGGUUUAUAUGUUCCAAGCAGGGGCCGGAGUGGAGGCCUUGCUCUACUAUGGUCCAGUGAUACAAAUUUGGAGAUUAAGAGUUACUCCAAUCAUCACAUCGAUGCUAUAAUCACAGAAGCUGACAAUGGCCUUUCCUGGAGAUUUACCAGUUUUUAUGGAUAUCUGGAAACACAUUUAAGGGAAGAAUCCUGGAAACUCCUCCUCCAUCUUAAUAGUCAAUUUAAUUUGCCUUGGUUUUGCUUUGGUGAUUUUAAUGAAAUUCUUUCAAUGACUGAAAAAGCAGGUGGUGCCCAGCGUUCCCAAUCUCAAAUGGAUGGUUUCCGUCGAAUGGUAAAUCAGUGUGGUUUCAAGGACUUGGGGUACUGUGGCCCAGAUUAUACGUGGUGUAAUAUGAAGGAAGGGAGCAACAGAAUUUCGCUCCGUCUGGACAGAGCUUUUGCCAAUACUGAAUGGCUUGAACAUUUCCAGGUGCCAAUUGUUCACCACCUGGACAAUUCCACCUCUGAUCACUGCCUCCUUGCUAUCACUGACUCACUCCCUCCAACCCGUAAAGGUAUUCGCCGUUUCCAUUUUAAGGCUAUGUGGAUCAAAAGGGAGGAUUGUCAUGAGGUGAUUGAAGCUGCAUGGCAAUCGGGCUCUCUCUCUGCCACCCCUGAAGGGGUUGCUUCUAAUCUCCAACGUUGUGCAAGUGCUUUGACAAGUUGGAAUCAGACUGUUGUAGGCAGUAUACCAAAGAAAAUUGCGGAGAAAAGAAGAAUUCUUAAUUCCAUUACCACUGCUGAUCAGCAAGGUGACAGAGGGGCAGAGAUUAAUCAGCUUAGGGAGGAAAUAAAUGAUCUUUUGGACAGUGAGGAGACCAUUUGA